GCCAUUAAAUGAGCGCCGCUUGACGACUGCUCGUGAACUCAGAAACCCCUUCUGGAUAUCGGUUCGUCUUCAGGGGCCCGAGGCAGGAUGGAAGAAGCAGAACUCUUAAAGCAACGCCUUCAGGCUAUUACGAAUAAGAAAAAAAUCCAAGAAGAAAUUGUCCACAAACGGCUUGAAAUUGACAGAGAGAAACUAAAGCUUCAACAUGUCAAGAAAAGGUCCAUGAGAGAUCUGUGGCUCAUGGAUGGGAUGAACAGCAGUAAUGCACAGGAAACACAAAAAGCUCUUGAAGAUGCACAACAAACUAAACACCUCAAGAGCAACAUACAUCGGAUAGAGAAAGAGAUUGAAGCAUUGGAGAGAGAGGAAAUUAACAUCUCAACAAAUGAGGGGCUGAUUCUAAAGAGGCUAAAAGCCAUUGAAAAGACUCCAGAGGAUAUAAUUAAGGCAGCGAAUGCAGAUUUCAUUUCAGAGCUGAUCUAUAUUCAUUCAACAAUUCCAAAUAUGCUAAAGCCCAGCACACCCCUAUUAAAGCAGAGGAAGAAACAAGACUUGGAAACUGAAGCAAAAACUGACCAAACCAAAUCUGCUUUGUUCGCCAUGGAAAUUAACGUUCAGAAGGACUUGCGCACAGGGGAAAGCCAAGUUCUCUCCACCUCCACCAUUUCUCCCCAAGAGCUCCAGCAGAAAGGCAUCAAAGUCUACGACGAUGGCCGGAAGUCCGUCUACGCCCUGCGUACAGACGGCCACCAGCCAGGUGCGAAUGGAGUGGAUGAACUUAGUUCCGUGGAGGUCGAAGAGCUGCUGAGGCAGGCCUCUGAGAAAAAGAAGAGGUCCAAUCAGGUUCAGAUAGACCCUUCAUAUCCCCACAACCUCUCCCAUGAGUUACAAUUAGCCACUGAAAUCAGGGAGAGCCAUGUAUCCAAUGAAUACCAAGAUCCCUAUAGUGUUGACUUAUCGGCAUGGCCUAAGCUUGUGUACAAUGAUGGCGUGUGCUGUCCAGAGGACGCGGGUCAAGUACUUCCUCUCCUGCCAAUGUCUAAUUACAAUGACAGACCAGACGAAUACUAUCACAACAGCCGUGAGCUACACAGAGGGGAAAGACACGCACAUGGACAGUAUUACAACCAAAGAGAGAACCACCGGGGAAUGCGACGUUUGGAUUGUGACAUCUCAAAACACAGCCUGUGUUCAGCCUUCUCUGAGGACUCCAAACUCAGUGUACUGAACGCCAUGCCAUCGGACGAGCCAGUCACCAUGAUCUUCAUGGGUUACCAGAAUGCCGGAGAUGACAGCCAGAGCUAUGAGGGCUCAGUUCGGGCAGAGUUGGUGAUUAUUGGAGAUGGUGAAGAUGAAGCGAGCAAGAGCUUCAACCCCCAUCAGAACUGCAUUGCCAACAACGCCUUUCCCUACUCUGCUGGACGGAAGGGCAAAAGAGACGGCACGGAAGACCCGUCAGCUACAGGUACUCCAAAGAUCAAAAAGGUCAAAAGGAGACACAAGCACUGCUGUGUGUUGAUGUAUUGCCAAGGAAAUGUAUAUGGGUCUAUGUAUGUGAGAGCUGGAGCUUGUCAUGUCAGUGGAGUAACUGUGCUGCCAUUGGUCGAUUCCCACGCAUUCAAUCACAGCUGUGGCUUGUGUCACACACAUUCACACACACUAACACACAUACAUGCACACAGAGGAAGAAACGAGACCUUCACUGUUAAACCAGCUGACCUCAAAGCUCCAUCACUGACAAGAGUCACAGCUGGUGCACGAAGGUCAUAUGGAAGUGAACUAAAUGAAGGCAAAAGCACCUCUGUAAAUCAGCAGAAAAAAGAGCAGGAAUACCUCUCUGAAGCAGUCACCAUGGAGACCAACCAGCUUUCAGAAAUGGCUGAUCUAACAGACUGUAAAAUGAAUCCUGGGUGUACAGAGGACCAGACAUGUCAAUUCACUGAGGAGGUGAAUGAAUGUUUUGUCACAUAUUUCCCAGAGUGCCUGGAUACCAAACAGAGCAACCCCCAUGAAGAUCUGGAUGGGCAAAGAAACAAAGCCAUAAUUAAUGAAUGUGAUAGCUCAGGUGAAUCUGAUGGAAGCAAAGACUCUCAAGAAGGCAUUACGGUCAAGGUCAAUGAACAAGAUGAACCAGAUGGCAGAGAAUCUUUGGCCUUUGAGUCUCACGAAGAGCCUCUUGUGAAUGACAAACCAGAAGAAGAAAUGGAAAUCAACAAUUUCGAUGAUACCCAAGAGAAAGAACAUGAUGAACCUGAGGAGAGGCUGGAAGCACAAGAAGAAUCUGUGCUGGAGCAGCAAAUCAAUGAGUUGGUGAUUUCUGAAGUCCCGACUGAAUCUUGUCCAGAUAUGGAUCGAGAUGACCUAAGUGACUGUCUGCUAGUGGAGAUGGCCAACAUUUCGUCAGACAGUGAUGCUGAAGAGCCGUGGAGGUCUUUAGCUCCAUCAGCUGUAGAUAAAGAAGAGAUUGAGGAGAACGGUGAUCUCUUGGGUAUGGAUGAAGCAGAGGUAAACUCGGAAGACCAAGCAAGGCAGGAAGACAUUGAAGUGACUGAGAGCAAUGCUGAACUUGAAGAUGAAGCUCUGGCUUUGAACAUUAAUGAAAGUGAGAUUCUAGAACAACCAGAGUGUCCCACUGAAUGUGAGCUGCGAGAUAUUUCUUUGGACUCCUCGGCCCAUUACUGCAGUUUAACCAAGAUUGCAGAGGAUGAGGAAGAGCUUGGUAAAACUUCAAAGCACAACCUUCAGCGCCUGUCCUGUUCAACUUCAGAGCUCGACAAAAAGUUGCCAAAAGACUUCUGCGUGGUUCAGGAAAUAAAGAGCGAGAAUGUCAGCACAGAGCAUCUGGAUUUUAGGGUGGCUCGCAAGCAGUGGCAGAAGAUGGAAGAGCAAACAAAAGGUCUGGUGCACCGGCCAGCGAUGAGGCAGGCAUCUUGCCAGGGUGGACACAACUUCAUGUACACGCCUGUCCGCAACAUUGAUCGCCCCAGAAGAGACCCUGACAUAGAGAGUCUUGGUCUGGGUGAUUACCAGUACACUCAAUUCAGCCCCUGUUCGGAAGACUCUGGUCUAGAUGACACAAGCUAUAGGUCUCCUUAUGAUGAGCCAGAAACUCCAGUGGAGAGGGAGAUUCGUGACGCUCUCGAACGAGAGGAGAUGUUCAGACGAGAGAGGACAAUGGCAAAGAUGUCUGCUGGCGACACUAUGCAAAUUAAACCCAAGCCUGGCGUUCUUCACCACAGCAGAUCAGAACCUGGGGAGAAAAGACAGAUGUUUGACACACCGGAGGACAGAUGCAUUUCUCAGAGAUCUCCUAGUGCAAGAACUCCAACUUUGUCCAUCACAGCUUCAUCUGAAAGAAGUCCCACAUACCAUGAAAUGACCGCCAACAAUGUCAUAAUACUUGAGCCGGAUUCGUACACCACCAGCCCACGGAGCCAAAGAAAAGGUGGGAUGCUUUCUCCAGGGACGAGCAGUUUCCAAGUAUGGCCAUCCGACAUGAAUAAUGUAAUUAUCCUGGAGACAUCGAAUCUCAUCAUCCGAAGUGCCUCGGAAUUCUGCCUGAGCACUGUAUGUCAAGAGACACAAGAGAGCACCUUUCAGAACAAUCCCUUUUUCAAACUGCGCUCCCACAGCACCCAGUCUCUGGUGGAUCAGGAGAUCAAGUUGGUGAGGCAAAGAGAAGAGGAGCUUAGAAGGCAGAGAGCACAACUAUAUGUAAAGGAGAGAUAUGACACCGUCCUCGUGUCCCCCUGCCAACUGCAGAAUUUCACUUAUGAGAAACCAGGAGAGGUGCCAGCAAAAUCUAAGUCAUCCCCCUCAUCUCCAUCAAAGACGCGCAAAAUGGAUCGCUCCACUUUGUCCUGCGACCACAAGUUCUCUGAGGCACCUUACCCUCGAGUCAGACGGAAAAGUGCCCUGGCCCAGAGGUGGGAAGCAGGUAUCUUUGCCAAUCAUCAGCAACAAGACUGAGUGAUUUGCCUAAACGAAGCAUCAAGCACAAAUCAAGGUUCCAUUACCGUAUAAGCAUGUGCAAAUAGUUUUAGAGUAAAACAUUCAUUACUAGUACAAACCUGGAAGUUAAUAGGUGAGUAAAAAUAUUAACAACUGAUCUCAUACCUUUUUACAUCUUUUGGAUGUUAGUAUUUUCACUCUGAAUUUUAUCCUGGAUAUACUUUUAUAUGAUUGCAGUUAAAGAAUUUAUACCGUAAUGUAUUCCUAAAUUGCACUAUGUACAACAAUUACUUUAUUAUUUUUAUUCUAAUUUAUUAUUCUAAUUUCACAUUACAUAACAUGUUAUAUUAACCAUACAGUGGAGAGCAGAAGCAAAUAAAAAUGCAUUUAUCUUUGAUUUAAUCUGAUCAAAAGUGCAAUUUAAGACAAGGAAGACCGCUGCUUGGAAUGUCUAAUAGAGUACAUUGUGGAUGUAGCUAUUGUGGAUGUAGCUUGCAGAGGUGUUACAAGAAAAGUAGCUGGCUUCUGUACAAUAACUACAUUGUGAGCCUUUUAAGUAUUUUUUAGCUUUGUCUGGAUAUAAUGUGCAUUUAUUCUUCUGUGAAAAUAAUUUUAAAUAUGUGUGAAUUUUACUUCAUAAUAUUCAUGUUUGAAAUGUUUUAAUAGACAUGUUUCUUCCUUGCAGGAUGUUUUCAAUGCAAAAUACUGUUCAAACCUUGAAUAAAGUGAAACU